AUGCAAAGAUCCCAGGCUGGGACCAGCACAGGGAGAAAGGAUCCCAGAGUAGACUCAACGUUCACUAUCUGUCCAUCUCCCUAUAGCUCCCAGAAUGGUGAUGAAGGAGGCACCUGGCCCAACAAUCAAUUUGACACAGAGAUGCUUCAGGCAAUGAUCCUGGCUUCUGCCAAUGAAGCUGCUGAUGGAAGUUCGACCCUUGGCGGUGGUGCAGGCACCAUGGGGCUGAGUGCCCGCUAUGGGCCCCAGUUCACCCUGCAGCAUGUGCCUGACUAUAGGCAGAACGUAUACAUCCCGGGCAGCACUGCCACCUUGGCCAAUGCCGCUGGGAAGAGAGAUGGCAAG